UAACAUGUAACCAUCAAGAAACAGAACAUUCUGCCUCAGCUCCACACUCAGAAGAAAAUAAUCAAAGUUCUAAAGAAAGUUCAUACAAUGCUCUUCCUGAGGAUGAAAUAUACAAAUUCAAAACUCUCCUGUGUAUCCUAGACCGUUUCUCCAUUUCAUUUGAAGGCUAUCAUCAACUUUCACAGGUAAAUAGUUCUCUACCACGGUCUUACUUCCUGGAAGGUUGUCAAAAAGUCAUUGAUGCUGAAUGGCAUGAUAGCAUAACACAUACGCCAGGUUUAAUGCCAGGAGCAGAACUAUCUUUCAAAACCACCUUGGAAAAAGAAUUAAAAAAGCGAUAAGUAUUCAUAUUAGCACCACUACCACUACCUACUGAGUUGUUCAGAAAAAUGUAGAACUGGAAAAAAAAUUAUAUCUAAAUUUUAUAAUUUAAAGUUAAAAUACAUUUCUUUAUUUCUGUUUAGAUCGAAAAGGCAUCAUUGUAUGCAACUACAAAAAAAAAAAACAAAAAAAAAA